UUCCCGCUCUCUAUUUCCCACUCCUACACGAAUUCCUCCAUCUUCUCCCACUCUCCCUUUGCAAGAUUUUUGAAUUUUUCUCAAUCUUUAUUCCCUAACCCUAACCAAGAGGAAGAGGCAGGAGGGAGAUUUGAAGACACAAGAGAGAAUAACUCUCGCUGGGUAGGAGAGAGAGGGGAUUUUUGUUUUGGGAGAGAAGAAAACACAGAAAAAAAGGGUUUUCUGGUUUUAGGAGAGAAGAAAACGCAGAGAGAGGUCACUGGUUUAGAGAAUGGCUUCACAAAGAGGAAUCGUUGGCUGAUCAGAAAGGGGUUCACAGAGAGAGGUCACUCACUAGUUCAGAAAACGGCUGCGAUAGAGAGUUUUUCGGAGGGGUUUGGUGCUUCAGUUUAAGAAGAAGGUUCAUCCUAGAACAGUUCUCAAUCAUGGUUAACCUUACUCAUUUGCAGAAGCGAUAUUUAUCUGAAAUAAAUUCAUCAAAUGCUAAGCAAACACAACCACCCAACUCUGAAUCUGAUAACAAUGGUGAGAUGCUGUUAUUACAGAAACGUAGCACUAAAAAUAAGGCGAAUCGAAAGAAUCAAGGUGUACCCUGUACUGCGGGUCAAAAAAGUUUUGCAAGAAUUCAUGAUGAGAAGCAUAAAGAAAUUGGAGUGGAGCUAGACCGUGCAGACUUAUAUAUAAUUACUCAUAAACAUAGAGACGGGGAUCCUGUUGAUGACAUUGCACGAGUUAUGAUUGUAUGUAUUAUUUAUAUUUUUUAAUUAAAAUAAUAUCCAAAUAUUAUUUUUUAAAUAUAAUCACACUUAUUUGAAGUAACAUACUUGUAUGUGAAUUGUAGGAUAAAAUUAAGAGAAAAAAUCAGAACCCAAUAUCUCCCAAAAUACGAGUGAGAAUAUCACUUGGGAUAAUGGCAUUUAAACGUGGACGUGUUUUUGGGUUAAGAUUGCUUCCUUUAACUUCUUUAGCUUCUUGUCUCCUUGGAGAAAUUAGGACAAGUUCUGAACAUGAUAACAUAGUGAUUUCACUGGUAAAUAAGGUUGAUACGAGGGAAACUUUAAUUAAAAAGUUUGUGUCAAACCAUUUAAGAUUUACGUCCUGAGUUUGACAUGGAAGAU